AAGUUCCCAUAUUCUCUAUAAAUACGUCUUGUCUUCAUUUCAUAACAGCAACGUGGACUCUUUCUUUGUUUUGGCUGACUCUUCUUUCACCGUUUCCUUACAACUUCUUCAUCUCGUAAACCACCAAACGCAACACACACUUCUCGCUGGCUCUCUCUCUCUCUAUAUAUAUAAUAUCAACUUUCUAGGGUUUCCAAGAUCACAUAUCUACGUGUACUGAUGGGUUUCUCAAUGUUCUUCUCCUCUGAAAACGACGUCGCGGCCCAUCAUUCUUCUCCUUAUGCUUCUGUUGACUGCACUCUCUCGCUUGGAACUCCCUCCACUCGCCUCUGCAACGAUGACGAUGGAUGUAGAUUCUCUUCACAUACCUCCGACGCCUUAGGCUGGGACUUCUUGAACGGUGCCAAGAAAGGCGGUGGAGGCGGCGGUAAUAACCUCCUCUCUCGCCGUUGCGCCAACUGCGACACCACUUCUACUCCUCUUUGGAGAAACGGUCCAAGAGGUCCUAAGUCAUUGUGUAACGCGUGUGGAAUCCGAUUCAAGAAAGAAGAGAGACGGGCAUCGACCGUCGGAAACUCGACCACCGGCGGAAGAUCAACGGCGGCUGGAGUUCCAACUUCGGAUCAUCAAGCGGGUGCAAAUCAUUAUAAUUUUAGCAAUCGUGAUCAAUAUGCUUCAUCGUCGCCUUGGGUACACCACCAUCAGCAUAACACGCCUUAUAAUUACUCGCCGGCGAAUAACGAAUACACAUUCGUUGGUGACGUCAGAGACGUUGAUCAUGACGCCACGUCCGACCCGUUCUUGUCUUGGAGGCUUAACGUCGCCGACCGGACCAGCCUUGUCCACGAUUUUACGAUGUGAUGAGUGAUCAUUGCAUACAUAGAUUUUCCCAACUCAUCUUAGCCUUGGAUACCUUUAAACGAAAAAAAGAAAAGUACUCUAUUAAGCCUUGGUUAAAUUCUUUAUUUACUUUCUUUUAUAUAUAUUGAAUGUCUUUUUUUUUUUUUUUUGGGUCAAUGUGUAAGUGUUUUUGUUUUUGUUCUUAUAAUUAAAGUUCGCAUGAAGCUACUUGUGUA